CUGCUCUCUACCACCACCAGGCCUCCUCUCCAAGCUUCAGAUACCUCUUGCCGCGCCUUCUCGUCGCGUACUUCGCUGCAGAACCUGCGAAGAGCCAGCCGGCUACAAUCACCGCUCAUAACCGACGGCCCGGACCGAUCCCCGCACCUCCUUCCCCCGCCCGUCAUUCCUAGUGGAGUCUGCUAGCGACCGAACCUCUCUACAAACCACGACGAGCAGCCCUUGACUUUCUAUCUCGUACUGAUCCUAUUUUGCUUUCUCAUCUACUUCAAUCCCUUUUUGCUAUUACACUUCUUUCCUUCUUAGCUUCUCCACGUCUUCCCCAAUCACCUUCAACAAAAUGUCCAAGUCCUCAGCGGUUCGCGUCAGUGACGCCGUGCUUGGUGCUUUUGCGCAUGUGCCCCCCUCUCCUACGGUCGAUCACCUGGUUAGGCUGCUGAGCACCUGGGGUGGUAGCGACAAGUUCUUUGCACUCGUCCAAUACACCCUCAAGCUCCUCGUUCCCCUCCUCCACUUGCGCGCGCGGCUGCAGCACCGCGCCGGGAUGAGCAAAUCGAACACGAGCGGAGUCGCAGUGCGCGCAGGAAAGCUCGCCAGCACGAUCGGCGACGCGCGCCGGCUGUGGUCGUUCUGGGGCAUCCUUCCCAUCUUCCAAUGGCUCAUCUCCCUCGAGCGCACGCCGCAGCCUACCAAGCGUCUUCACAACAUCGAGCGCCUGCAGGGCUGGUCCAUGCUCGGCUUCUUCCCCCUCGAGCAGCUCUCCUACCUCAUCUCAAAAGACGUCGUUCCCGCCACCCUUCCCGCGCCCGCGUCCUUACUCCCCUUCGCCUCCACCUCCUCCAAGCUCGCCGACUCCAAACUCACCAAGCCCAUCGAGGUCGACGUGAACCGCCUGGGCAUGCUCUCGUGCCGCUUCUGGGCCGCGUACGUCCUGCUUCAGUUCGCGCACAUGGAGGAGGAUAGGAAGCUGCUCGUCAUGAAGCACAAAGCGUACAAGCGCGCGGGGAUGUCGGCGGCGCAGAAGCGGGAGCUGAGGGCCAGCUGGGACGCGCUGUUCAAUCAGUUCGUGGCAAACCUGGGGUAUUUGCCGAUGACGAUACACUACUCGCUGGAGAAGGGUCUGUUCAAGAAUGAUACUUGGGUCACUUUCUUCGGCUGGGUGGCCGCGGUUGCGCAGUUCUACUCGGCUUGGAAAGCUACCGCGCUUCCGUCUGCGAAGGAUGCGUCUCUUCCUGAGGAAGCACCGAUGGAUCCCGAGCCUCUAGCUACUGCAGAUGUGCCCACGGAGAAGGCGUGAUAGUUGGUGGCUUCGUCUGUAUUGAUCUACACUCGUUCAUACUGUAAAUUAUUGAGAUGCUUCCUUCUUGUC